AUGUCAUUCCCUUCAUACUUUCUUUCAGUAUCUAUCUAUCUAUCUAUCUAUCUAUCUAUCUAUCUAUCUAUCUAUCUAUCUAUCUAUCUAUCCAUCUCCUAUUCAUAUCUAUCUAUCUAUCUAUCUAUCUAUCAUUCUGUUUUUUGGUAUUCAUUUAUCACUGGUUAUCUCUCUCUCCUUUUCUUAAGAAUGUAUUCUUCUUUCGUUCCUUCCUUUAUUCUUUCUUUUGCUGAAUUCUUUCAUUUGUUGUUUUCUUUGUGUUUAUUUUUAUUACGUUCUUCUUUGCAUUCUAUCUUCUUUUUGCGUUUUAUUUCCUUUCUUUUCUCUUUUCCUUUCCUUCUUUUUCCUGUUUUCUUUCUUAUGCCGUUUUCUUUCUUUCGAUACUUUCUCGUUUACUUUCAUUCUUUUUUCUUUUUCUUUCUUUCUCUUUUUUUUGUCUUUUGUCCUUUUCUUUCUUUAUUUAUUUUCCCGUUUUUUCUUUCUUGCUUUUUUCCCCGUUUUCUUUUCCCUUUCUUUCCCCGUUUUCUCUUCCCUUUCUUUCCCCGUUUUCUUUUCCCUUUCUUUCCCCGUUUUCUUUUCCCUUUCUUUCCCCGUUUUCUUUCUUUCUUUCUUUCAUUUUACAUUAUUUCUUUUUUUAACAUUUUUUCCCGUCUUCUUUUUGUUUCUAUCAUUCUGUCAUUGUUUCGUUCACUUGAUAUGGUUUCGAAAAUUUUGCUUCCUUUUUUUUAUCUUCCAUGUUUUUUUUUCUCUCUCCCUCUGCUUUUUACAUUUAGGGCACCAUUCUUUCUUUUUAAAUUUAAUGAAUUUCUUUCUUUCUCACUUUCUUUCUUGUUAAAUUCUAUGAAGGUAUCUCACUCUUUCUUUCUUUCUUUCUUACUUUUUAGCAUUCACAUAUAUUUCUUUCUUUCUUUUUUAACAUUCCUGCAUAAAUUUCCUUCUUUUUUUCUUUUAACUUUCACGAAUAUCUUUCCUUCGUUCUUUCUUUUUAGCUUUUAG